AGGCAGCCUGACUGCUAGUGAACACUUCACUGUCAGGAGAGUUGAGUAAAGACAAGAGAGACAGAGAGAGAGAGAAGAGCAAGGACUAAAAUUUGACAAUAACUUUAAAACAGGAGAAAAUGUUACAAAGGGCGGCAUCCAAUGUGUCAGACAAAGCAAAGAACAAGCCAAAGCGCUCCACAAGCUUCGGCAGGUUUGAGGGUCUCAGACAUCACUCAUCACCAGCCAAACCAGAAGAAAAUGGAAUGCUCACAGAAGAAUGUGAGAAUCUGGACCAACACAAAUCAGCUGGACUUGGGAAGAAGAUGAAGGCCAUUUCGCUGACCAUGCGCAGAAAAAUGGGCAAAAAACAUGCCAAGUCACUUUCUGAGGAGACAGGUGAUGACACAGACAAAGAACCAGAGGCAGAGACAGAGAGUGCCCCUCCGGCUGAGAAAAACUCUGCACAGUCAUGCAACUCCUUGGAGAGUCUUUACAGUGGACAGAGCUCAUCUAGUUUAGGUGGUGUGACCAGUGAGUCCAAUGGUUCUGGUCAGAGAGACAGUUUGAGGCUGGAGGAAGAAUGCACCUAUCAGGGGCAGUUUUGUGGCAGAGCUUGCGUUCACACAGACUUUGUUCCCAGCCCGUAUGACACCGAUUCCCUCAAACUCAAGGUUGGAGACAUUAUCAACAUCAUCAGUAAGCCUCCGAUGGGCAUUUGGACAGGCAUGCUAAACAACAAAGUGGGCAACUUCAAGUUCAUCUAUGUAGACAUUUUGGUGGAGAAAGAGGAAGAAGAGGAGGAAGUUCCCAAGAUCAGACAACAGAAGGUGUGCAAAAGACCUCGGCCUAAAACGUUGCUGGAGCUACUGGAGCGACUGAAUCUUGAGGAGUACGCAUCUGCCUUGCUGCUAAAUGGCUACCAGACAGUAGACGACCUGUUGCACCUGCAGGAGAAACACCUGAUAGAGCUGAACGUCAAAGACCCCGAGCACAGGCGCAGGCUUCUCGCUGCUGCUGAGUGCCGCUACACAGAAGGUGAUGACGUCAGGGAGCCGGAGGAGCACAAAUCCUCCCACAGUCUCCAGGAAGAGGACAGCGACUGUCCCAGAGACUCAGGCUGCUUCAUCCCAUCUGAAUGUUCAGACAGCAAAGAGGACACAGAGCAGCUCACAGUGGACUCUUAAUGUGAUUAAUUGUCAGAUAGAUAUUUUGACAUUUGGAAUUCAGUUUAUUCACUUUAUCUUUCCCAAAAUGUCAUGUUAAUAACCCGUACUCCAACAAGCUAACCACAACUUUCUCCGCCUAAUGUAAAACUCUGACAUGUAUAGGAAGAAAAAACAACCAAUACUCUGAAUGUCGUCUUAUCCAUUUAUCACAUUAUCAAGAUAAUAAUCAAGUUGUAAGAUUCCUUAUGUUUUUAUUUUUAUUGUUCUGUUGUCAUGUCAAAGUUACAUUUCAAUGAUUAAGUGUCACUUGUAUUUAUUGCAUUCUAAAUCCAUGAGUGUUUAUUUUUUUUCCAUAUAAAGCCUUUAUUUAUCACAUCUGUAUCAUUUUGACCUUUCUUAUCUCAUCUCAUGUAAUGUCAGUGUACUGGAGUGAAUUAUUGGUGAAGAGAUCAUUUGCAACUGGUUUGAACACUGUAUAUAUUCAAAUCUUGCCUACGUUGUAUACUGUACAGGAAAGCAUGUAUGUUAUUUUCUCAACGUGUGUGUGUGUGUGUGUGUAAAUGAGAGUGUGUGCGAGAGAGAGAGCCUGUCUUUGCGCUCAUGUGAAAGUCAGCAUUUAAGAAUUUUGACAAUUUUUUUUGUAAAUAAAAAAAAUGCAAUCAAA